AUGUCACGAUUUAAUCAUCAGUAUAUAAUUCCAUUUCAUCGUUCUAUGUAUAUUCAACCAACCUCGUUAUAUGGUGUUUAUGGUGUUCAACAAAGAUGUCAAGGAGUUCGAUGGAUCUUUGAAAAAGAGCCAAAAGUAAUUGGAUUCUUG